AUGGCAAGACUGCUGCUCUGGACUGGUUUGGUUCUCCUGCUUCAGCUCCAGCUAGGUACAGCCUUCAAACUGAUCUGUUACCUCACUAGCUGGGCCCAGUACCGCCCAAGCCCUGCCUUCUUCUUCCCUGAGGACCUGGACCCCUAUCUCUGCACCCACGUGGUGUAUGCCUUUGCAUCCAUGAAGAACAACAGGAUUAUCUCCAGAGAGAAGAAUGAUGAAGAGACAAUGUACCCCCAACUUAGGAGUCUCAAAGAAAGAAACAAGGAGCUACGUAUUCUGCUGUCCAUUGGGGGCUGGUACUUCGGCACAAACAGAUUCACCGUGAUGCUAUCCACAUUGGAGAACCGACAAACCUUCAUUUCCUCUGUCAUAGUCUUCUUGAGGCAGCACGGCUUUGACGGCCUUGACCUUUUCUUCCAGUACCCCACAUUUAGGGGCAGCCCCAAAGAGGAUCGUGGCCGAUUCACCUCCUUGAUUCAAGAACUUCUGUUUGCCUUCCAUAAUGAGGCCCAGGUCACUGAACAAAGCAGGCUGCUGGUCACUGCAGCUGUGUCUGGUGACUGCAACAUCAUCAAUGAUGCCUAUGAUGUGCCAACCAUUGCAAGGCUUCUGGACUAUAUCAGUGUCUUGACUUAUGAUUUCCAUGGAAGUUGGGAAGUGGUCACUGGACACAACAGCCCCCUGUAUGGAAUGAAUGAGAGGAAUAAAGUAGACUACUUAAAUUGUGAAGUUGCCAUGAAGAUUUGGAAGAAGAAGGGAACUCCCCCAGAGAAACUCAUGAUGGGGUUUCCUGCCUACGGACGUACCUUUGACAUCCUGAGCUCCAACCACGGACUAGGGGCUCCUGCUUUUGGGCCAUCGUCCCCUGGGAAUUACACCCAGGAAUCUGGGUUUUUGGCUUACUAUGAGAUCUGUACCUUCCUCAAGGGAGCCACAGUAAAAUGGAUUACGGAGCAAAAAGUCUCCUAUGCCUACAAGAAGAAUGAUUGGGUUGGCUACGAUGAUAUCUACAGCUUUGUUUACAAAGUGUGGUUCAUAAAGGAUGAAAACUAUGGGGGAGCCAUGGUGUGGUCCUUGGAUUUGGAUGAUUUCACUGGCUCAUUUUGUGGGCAGGGGCCCUUUCCCCUUGUGAACACAUUGAAGGAUACCCUCUUUGACAGCAAGUCCACCUUAACUCUUCCAACUCCACUGAACUCCCAGACUCCUCCUGAUGCUUCCACUUCGACCCCUGGAGGGAUGACUUCUCUUCAGCAAAAAAUUCAGGCACCAGUUAAUAUCACCUCCUCCACUUUGGAGAAGGACCCAAAUCCCACCUUUGGUUCCAAUAGUUCCAACAGUCACAGGGAGAACCUCUUUAUUCCCCAGUUGCUGGAGAAGACUUCCUCAGCUCUUGCAAAUACUGCCAUUCCACCUGUUGAUAGCAGCCCUCCCCAGACCACCCCCACCUUAGAAGCAAAUACCCAGGCUCCUGACAACCCCACCACUCUCCCUGUCAAUGACAGUAGCUCCCCUGCUGGCUCCACUGUCCCCUCUAACAAUUUCCCCACCUUCACACCAUCACCCCGAGCUACAAACCAGAAUACUUCUCUAUAAAUGAAGAAGAGAAAGCCUUGGUACCUGGAAAGAAAGAGAAACC